AAUAAAGUUGUAACAAAAUAUUUUUAUAUUUUACUGAAUUAGGUGUUAGUCGUCGUGUGAUCUCGGGUAGAAUCGACCAUUCCUUCUUAUCCCGUGGGUGUGGUAAGAGGCGACUAAAGGAAAUUAAUGGCCGAGAGAUGGCUAACUGCGGUUACCAAUCCGCCUGCCAAGCGUGGAAACUAUUGGCAAACAAAGUUAACAUUCUUGGCAGUCCUCGUGAGCUACAGUCACGCUGGCGUUUUACACGGGCAUGAUGAUGUGGGUGAUGUCGAUCACGGGUCGAGCUAUUCUUCUGCAUCAGUUGGUGGUUUCAGCGCACCUAGUGCCUUGGGUGCUACAUCGAGCUUCUCUCCUAGCAGUUUUCCCGCCGGAUCUCUUCCAUCAGCUUCUUACCACGGAUCUAGUAUAGGCAGUGCCCACAGUGGCUUCUCAUAUGGAGGUGUGGGUGGUGCUUUCUCAUCAGGUGGACACGGCGUAGGAUUCGCUGGCGGUUUAGGCGUAGGAGCCGUAGGUGGUUUUGGCGUCGCUGGUGCCGGCGGAUCAGCUCCUCUACCAGGACCUAAAUCACCUGUUAUCGAUGAAAUCCACGGUCUUGCUAAUAGUAGAGGAGCCCCGACACAAUACCGCGUCAGAGAAGAGCCUUACAAAGUAUUCAGGGAAGUAACACACAAGGUAGCUGAACCUGUGCCUGUGCCUGUACCUCAUCCAGUGAAGGUGCCUGUACCACAGCCUUACCCCGUUAAGGUUCCAGUGGUAAGAAACGUACCAGUACCAGUAGUCAAGAUCCAGCACGUCAAAGUCGACAAGCCUGUCCCUUACCCAGUGGAAAAGAUCGUCAAAGUACCCGUUGAAAGAGUAGUCGAAGUACCAGUGGAACAUCCAGUUCCAAUUGAGAAAGUCGUCGAAGUGCCAGUGGUUAAACUGGUUAAGGUUCCAGUCCAUGUUGUGAAGUCGUACCCAGUACCGGUAGUGAAGACGCUCCACCAUAAAGUCCACACUCACCAUCACCACCACGGAUGGAAGGGCUGGUUAUUAUGUCAACUAAAAGCCAUGGCGUUUGUUGUUAGGGUACUUUAUAUAUCGGCUAUCGCAUGCGCCGUUCAUGCGGGAGUAUUGUCUGGUGAUCACGGCCAGGAUUCAUACGUAACCUCAGCUCAUAGUGCCCCAUCAGCUUCAUAUGGAACGCCAUCAACUGUGUACGGUCCUCCUGCUGUAAGCAGUGCCAGUUUUGGAGAUCUGGGUGGUCAUGGGUCAAACGCUGUCGACGCAGGAUAUUCAGAUGAUGACCACGGCCAUGGGUUUACAGGUGCUGGUGCUUUAACUGGGGCAGGUUUUGACUCUGGAUACUCAUCUGCGGCUGCAGGUGCUGCAUAUUCUGAUGGCGGUUUUAACUCUGGUCUAGCUGGAUCUUUAGCAGGUGCAGGUUUUGGCGGUGGCUUUGCUGGUGGAUUCUCCGGAGCAGGUGCAGGAUUAGGUGGCGCACCAAUUGGACCUCCAAGAGUUAUCGGCACCUCAGUACAAGUAGGACGACCGGUCGCCCACGCUUCACAGUACGAACUCGAGCAAGUCGUACAGAAAGUCGUUCGUCGCGUCCCAAUCGAAGUGACACGCCACGUCAAGGUCGCCGUUCCACAUGCUGUCCCAGUUCCAGUGCCUCAAGAAGUUAAAGUGCCUGUACCUCAGCCUUACCCAGUGCAUGUGGAUGUUGUGAAACACGUACCGUAUCCCGUAUACAAGACGCAGCACGUAGAGGUUGAAAGACCAGUUCCAUAUGAGGUGAUUAAGAAAGUACCCGUUGAAGUGAUCAGAAAGGUACCAGUGCCAGUUGAAAAACCCUAUGAGGUGAUCAAGAAGGUGCCAGUGCCCAUCGAGAAGCACGUAGAAGUGCCGGUGCCAAUCUGGAAACCAUACCCUAUUCACAUUAUUAAACAUGUCACUCAUUACAAGAAGAAGCAUUGCUGUUGGUGAACUAAUGAUAUGAGUCGUGAUCGUACCAAAUAGUCAAUAGACAUGUAAAUAUUAAUGAUAGUCAUUAGAUAUACGUGUAAAUAAUAAAACAAAUAUUAUCUCACUU